AACAUUAAAAAUGGAGGCUAUACUUCAUCUUUCAAUAUUUUGUCUAUGGAUUGGAGUCGUCACCGGUUCUUGUGGUAGAUAUACGACUGGCGCUUCAGUAUGCGAUACUCUAAAAGGUUACGACGGAGCCCGCUAAUGGGCAACCUGUGUCACGCAAAAGUAUAUGCAGACGAAAUCGAAUGGACACCACCGCUGUCAAAGGAAUGAAACUACCUGUUGGUAUCAGUGCAUGCUAGAGCUCCACAAUAAAAAUAAUGGUUCUGUAUAUCCUGACUGUACCUGCUCACGAAAUGCUCUUAGUUAUACACCAAUUGCUCUACCUGUUUGGUGUUACAGUCUAUCCGGCAGGAAUUGUGUUUGGUACAGAGACUGUCUUGAGAAACAUUAUCCAUGCAAGGGACAAGACAAUUCGUAUGCCAUUGAUUUCUCUGAAAAGUUCUGCAAAUUGUAUGAACAACAGUUUACGAAAUUCAACCAAACUGGCCUAUUAUGGAUCGAUGCUGUCCGCAAAUGUAUUCAGGUUAAUUUUUCUCCAGUUUUACGGAUUUUUGCUCACAACACGUGCCAGGAAAUCAAAACUAUAGCUUUCGAUUCCCAUUCAAAAUGUUACCGUUACCCUGGCCAAGAGAAACCUUCCAUUUGUGAUCUUAGUGCUGGUGAGUGGUGGCAAGUAUUCUGGACAUUAAAAGGCGCAGUUAUGCAAGCGGCGACGACGUCAUUUAAGCAAAUGCUAGAUGUUAUUCAGACAUGUGGGACAAACAUUUUAACCGAUUUUCGCGACUUUGGAAUGGCGCUGAUCCAGAUGAAAAUUGAAGAGGUAAAAAACUCCAGACAGGACAUAUUAGAGAAAACAUCAGAAGUUGCUUCUAAAAUGUUGUCUGAAGGAAUGGGGUGGAUGAGAAAAGGGAUUUUGCAUAUCGGAUACCCAACAAAUAGCUACCCAUACACCGACACGUUUUUCAUCAAUGUACUCAUUGCUUCUAGUAGGGAGUACGAUCUUAACUAUGAAAAUGCACCAAAAGUGAAUAUUACAGAUGCUGCGAUAGAAGCUGCAAAAGCGAUCGAGAAAGGUGACACGCAAAUUGACGUAGGACACGGAAUGAACUUCACGAAACUCAGCAUCUGCGUCGAUUACAACUGCAAGGAUUCCUCAUUGCAAAUUACACCUGCUCCUCCAAAAACAAAAACAAGUGCAGGCCCUUCUACAACAGCACAAGUAACAGCCGUCAUCAUUUCUACAGCAACAACAUUACUGAUACUGUCUGUGAGAAUGCAAAAUUAUUAAUCUCUCGUGUUGCUUUGACCGCUAAACGUGAAUGUAAUUAAAUGAAUUUCGCAAACUAGAGAUAAAAGAUUAAUUUAAAGCAAUGUAAAAUCAUAUUUAAGAUAAUAAUGUUGUUCAGUUGUAAACAUCAAAAUUUGAACACAGGUAUAUUGACAAGAAGAUAAACUAGUUUGUGUUCUAAAAAGUAAUGUAAUGUAAUGUAGGUUUCGUUGCACAUUUCCAUAAUUUCGACAGAGUCCAUAUGCUCAAAUAUUUAUAAAUAUGGCUUGAAAAAUAAGUCUUUAAAUAUAGCAUAGCAAGAAACCUUUUUUCUCGAUAUUUAUUUGGAUUUUGUUAGAAAUGCUGCAUAACACUUUUUUUGUAUUCUGUAUUCAUUUCAAAACAGUACUAUAAUUCUUAUACACAUGUUUUGAUAAAAAGGCGCAUUAAAUACUGAGCAGCAAAUAAAACUAUCCAGAUGUAUAACUGGUAUAUUUUGAUACAAAAAAUUAAUUUUUCAAAUUUAAAUUGUUUCUUCAUACCAAAAUUACACAUCACAUGAAGGUCUUCACUUGAUAAGUUUUUAAAAACCAAUCAACCAUGAAGUCAGUAGUCACACAAUAGCCGUUUGAAAGGCUAUAUAUUGUUUGCGUCAGUUGCAUUGUAACAUCCGAAUUGGGCGCUCGCGCUAAAUUUGAACCAGUCGUGCGGUGCAACCAACAAUAUUUUUUAAACUUUAUGCUGUUUUUCGAGUUAACCAAUCGUCAAUUUUUCCAAUGACAAUAACAUUUCAAAAAGAAAAAUGUUAACUACAGGCGCACUGAAUUUCGUGGGACUACUGACUUCACGGUUGAUUGAUUUCUUUUUAAUUUUACACGUGAAGUUCUUUUGCUGUUCAGUAUAUAAUGACGAUAUGCGAAUGUUUGUCGGUUUACCCAUUUGUCAAUUUUUUGAACGUUCGAAAAGUAUUCCUCACUUUUUUAACAUAUAUGUAGUUACUGAUAUGAUGUUUGGGGAGAAGGCUAUACAAAUCAUAUGGUCGAGGUAACAGUUAUUGUACAUAGUUUAUUAUUCAUUUCUCGCCUGUUUUUUUGCCUCGAAUGCAUAGAUUGAUUUGAAUUCUGUGCGCAUAUACGAGUAUAAAGAAAAUCAUCAGACCGAAUAUCACUAAUAUCACUUUAUUUUAGUUAUUUCAGCAAAGUUAUGGUUAUUGCUUGCAGUUACAGUUUUCCGCACUUAAAUGCGGCUGCCAUGUACAUAUUCAUACGUGUUUUGAAGAUUUACAAACCGAGUUCUUCUGUCAUUCCUGUUUUGUCGGGUGAGUUAUGGCCGAAUAUGUUUAAUUUUCCAUACUUUUAUUCGCAAGUGUUUGUGUGUACUGGAAUGAAAUUAAGUUCUAAAGACUAGUCAGUACUUCGUUUCCCACGGAGGUUGGUGACAUGGAGUGAUUUAUUGGCGCCGGCCUCGAGGCCAGCGUCUCUAAUGGAGUUGGGAAUUGUUUUGCUAAAUGGAGUGAGCGGUCAUUUUACAUACGCCGGUUGUCUAACCUAUUCGUUAGUACGUACUUAUAAAAGCUCAUUCGAAAGGCUCUUUAAGAAUUGUUCAUUUACGUAUUUAUUUUAGAUACUAAAAUAUAGUUCCGGUGUCGCAGUUUUGAUGAUAUUAUGCAAAACAAUAAAAGACCCGUUCCUUCAAAAGGAACGGUCUAUUUCACCAGAGAAGGUAGCAACUGGGAUGAAUGUUUAAACUAGAUUGUCAGCAUAAAUAUUUUCAUUUCCACCAUCUUGAACGGUUAUAAUAUACCAUCCGAUAAUAUUUUGGCAUUACUUCACAAAAAGUAAGUAAACGUCUAAACUGUUCGCUAUUGCGUUGUAAAACAGAGUAUUACCUGUUUUCGUAAAAUGGACUAAUCAAUAAUCGCUAAAAAUAACUGCGUUCACAUCACUGAUCUAUUUUUAGCGCGUGGUAUUCAUAUUGCCUUUCAUUAAAGAUUGUGUUUUCAUUUUAAUGUUUAGUUUGUACAGCAUGUUUUGGGAGAGUCUCUAUUGAUACGUGAUUAUGUUUUAAGGAAGAUACUCUUCAUUUUAUUGAUUUAUUAAAUCUUUCAAAAAUAUAUUCAUUUAUAUAUAAGUGUAUAUAUGUUUUAGUUGUUACGAUUAAUUUCAAACUUUUUUUCACUUUCACCUUCAAUUCUCUCCCAAAGCAACACUUUUCUUAGUCACAGUAAACUUAAAAACAAGUUUUGAAAUUUUCACAAUUCUUAAAAACUGCAACAUAUUACAUUUCUUUAUAACGUUCUUCUCUAUUGCGUUUAUUUAAUACACAUUUUGUAAAUUUCUUACUGCUGUUAUUAAAAGAUAGAACUUAACUUGUUUCCCCUUUAAAUACAUAGCGCCCUUUGAUGUUUACACCAAUGCUUUUCUUGUUUCAAAUUGGCGUAGCUAUUAUUAUAUCUUAGGUAUGCAAAAUUCUUUAGUUUGUCAAAUUCCAUAAUUAUUGCCCUUGAUAGAUGCAUUUUUAAAUGAUGUAUAUAGACGAUUGUUACAUUAUAUUAUGAACUUGAAAGUAGUGGGAAUCUGAUAAAUUUGUAUAACGCAUACGACUAAUCGAUGCUUCCAUCCACAUUUAACGUUUUGUAUUCCAUUUCUUAUCGUGAUUUUUUAUUCUUUUAAAUAUCCAUAUAUAUAAAGUUAAUCGUGAUGUAACAAGGAAUAAUGCCCAUUUUUAAAAUUCAAAGGCAAAGUAUAACUUAUUAUGAUCGCAUGGUGUCUGGCAUUUAGUCGUUCGACAUCGUAUAGUUUUUGUAAAUUAAUGCACUUCUUCCACAAUCAACAUAUUUAUACACAACUUACACAGUAGGUAUACGACCAUUAGACGAUGGCUCCUUUUACAGAAGAUGCUAAAUUUAUUACCCCCAACCCUAUGGCUCUUUAAUGGAUACAUCUAACAUUUUGUUGGGACUAUUGUAGAGAAACCAAACGCGUACGAAUAUGAUCCAGUUAGAUUCUUAUAUAUCUGUUUAAAGUUAUGGUCCUUUAAAUGUUUUCCUUACUCAGUUCAAUAUGACUCCUUCACAGACAUGAUCAAUCACUAGGAGACAAUCUAUCUAAAUUCUUCUUUAUUCAUUAAAAACGGAUGUCUGACAAAUGGGUAGGUCAAAUUUCCCUAUACGGCCAUACGUUAAGUUUAAAUUGUUUAUGUGUAAAAACAAUGAUGAUGGUUUAAAUAUAAUUUCACAAAUAUAUGUCAUAAGAUGAGUAUCUACCAUAGUAGUGUAAUACUAUCAAGGAAUACAAAUGCAGGGUUCAGUAUGUUUAAUUGAGAUGUGGAACGGCAUAGUUAGAAGUGAAACUAACUAACGUUUAUAAAAAUAAAUUGAAUUCUGCUGUUUAAGCAUAGAGGCAGUGGAAAAUUAACUUAAGGUUUUGCAGAAACGAUUAUUGAUAUCAGAAAAGAUGUUCCAGAUAAAGCAUAGAUCUUGACUGAGUCAUUUGCUACUUUAAACGAGAUUCAGAAAUUUAAAUGUUGGAUGUCGAAUAAGCCUAAGAUGAAAACUGUACCUAAAGUUUGCUCUCUUGUUAGCAUUUUAUGUGUAAAUAGUGUGUUGUGUGGUGUGUUUGGUAUUAUGUUAACUAGAACUUUUCUACUGUGGAUUUUUAGCUCACCUGAGCACUGCUCAGGUGAGUUAUUGUGAUCGCUCAAUGUCCGGUGUCCGUCGUCUGUCUGUCUGUCGUCUGUCGUCCGUCAACAUUUAGAUUGUGUAUGCGAUAGAGACUGUACUUUUCAACUGAUCUUCGUGAAAAUUUGUCAGAAUGAUAACCUUGAUAAAAUCUAGGAAAAGUUAGAAAAUGUGUCAUCUGGGGUUACAAACCAGGUCACUAGGUCAAAUCAAAGCAAAACCUUGUGUAUGCGAUAGAGGCUGUAUUUUUCAGUUGAACUUCAUGAAUUUAGGUCAGAAUGAUUACCUUGAUAAAAUCUAGGAAAAGUUUGAAAAUGGAUUAUUUGGGGUCAAAAACUAGGUCACUAGGUCAACUCAAAGAAAAACCUUGUGUAUUCGAUAGAGGCUGUAUUUUUCAACUGGUCUUCAUGAAAUUUUGUCAGAAUGAUAACCCUGAUGAAAUUUAGGCCAAGUUUGAAAAUGUCUCAUCUCUGUUCAAACACUAGGUCACUGAGUCAAAUCAAAGAAAAACCUUGUGUAUGCGAUAGAGGCUGUAAUUUUCAAGUGAUCUUCAUGAAUUUGAUCAGAAUGACUGCCUUGAUGAAAUUUAGGUUAAGUUCGAAAAUGGGUCAUCUGGGGUCAAAACCUAGAUCACUAGGUCAAAUCUAAGAAAAACAUCUUUUAUACAUUAGUGGCUGCCUUUUACACCGGAUCUUCAUGAAAUUUUAUCAGAAUGUUUGUCUGGAUGAAAUCUAAGUCGUCUUUGAAUAUGGAUCAUCUAGGGUUAAAUAUUAGGUCACUAGGUCAAAUCAAAGCAAAAUGUUGUGUACGCGAUAGGGGCUGCUUUGUACACUGGAAAUUCAUAGAAUUAAGUCAGAAUGAUUGCCUUGAUAAAGUCUAGGUCUAGUUCAAAUGUGAGUUAUAUCCGGACAAAAUCUAGGUCACUAGGUCAAAUCAAAGAAAAAACUUUGUGUAUGCAAUAGGGGCUGCAUUCUGCAUUGGACCUUCAUGAAAUUUUAGCAGAAUGUUUGUCUGGAUAAAAUCUAGGUCAAGUUUGAAAAUGUGUUAUCUUGGUUUAAAAACUAGGUCACUAGGUCAAAUCAAGGAAAAACCUUGUAUAUGCAAUAGGGGCUGCAUUUUAUAUCAGAUCUUCAUGAAAUACGAUCAGAAUGUUUGUCUGGAUAAAAUCUAAGUCUUGAUUGAAUAUGGAUUAUCUAGGGUUAAAAACUAGGACAUC